GCACCCAAACUAUGGAGGAAACAGAAAAAACUGAGGACAGGAUAAGAUGGAUGCCAAUUCGCUCCAACACGGCGUCGGCGUGAGGAUAAAGGGGGAGGAUAAAGAUGUUGGAAGCGUACAGAAAAAAUGGCUAUGGCAGCCCCAACAACGACUACAAGAUUAAAGUUACCUGGUGUUGCUCUUAACAGUAAACGGUCUACGUUUUUAGGAGGUGGGGUUCAACAAUUGUCGCCGAAUGUGGGGCGCCCGUCGCAAUCUUCCCCGUCUCUCCUCCUCAAUGUCGAAGCUAAGGCUCGUACCAAGAGAGAAAGGCGGCAAGCCCGCCAUUCUCGCAUCAGAAAGAAGGUAGGAACACCAGAAAGGCCAAGGCUGUGUAUCUUCCUCUCUAACAAGCAUCUCCAUGUACAAGUGAUUGAUGAUACCAAGAUGCACACGCUUGCUUCAGCUUCAACAAUGCAGAAACCUAUGUCUGAAGAGUUCAACUACACUUCUGGUCCCACCGUUGUAAGUUUGUAGUUAAAAAUCAAGGGUCUGGUGACCU